GCCGGGCGGGGCUCCGCCUCUCCCUUGCCAGCGGCGCGGGCUACCGGCUGCCAGGCGCUCGCUCGGAAGCGGUUCUUUAGCCGGGAAAGCGCGGCCCCGUGCCGCUCGGUGAUCGUCCAGUGAGGAGCCGGGGGUGUGGUGGGGGAAGGCGCCGCCGAGUACUUAGGGCCUCGCCGCGGGCCGGCCAGCCCACUCCGUCCUCCCCGGCGUGCGGCCACCGGGCGGCAGCAUGGUGACCCCUUGCCCCAGCAGCCUCGUGAGCCCCGCCGCCCGGGCUGGGAAGCGGGACAACGACCAGAACCUCCGCGCCCCGGUGAAGAAGAGCAGGCGCCCACGCCUCCGCAGAAAGCAGCCGCUGCAGCCGCUGCAGCCGUGCCCGCUCCCCGGAGACUCCGGCGUUUGCGACCUGUUCGAGUCCCCCAGCUCCGGGUCUGACGGUGCAGAGAGCCCCGCCGCGUCCGCGGCGCUGGGCUGCAGCCCCCUGCCCCCUCCUGCCCAGGAGGCGGUGCAGCUAGACCUGCAGACCUUCCGUGACUACGGCCGGAGCUGCUACGUCUUCCGCAAGGCGCGGGAGAGCCACUUCCACCCGCGGGAGUCGCUGGCGCGGCAGCCGCAAGUAACGGCAGAGUCCCGCUGUAAGCUGCUCAGCUGGCUGAUCCCCGUGCACCGCCAAUUCCGCCUCUCCUUCGAAUCGCUCUGCCUGACGGUGAACACUCUGGACCGCUUUCUUACCACCACGCCUGUGGCUGCCGACUGCUUCCAGCUGCUUGGGGUCACAUCCCUGCUCAUCGCGUGCAAACAGGUGGAGGUGCACCCGCCGCGCGUGAAGCAGCUCCUGGCCCUGUGCUGCGGUGCCUUCUCCCGGCAGCAACUCUGCAACCUCGAGUGCAUCGUGCUGCACAAACUGCACUUCAGCCUGGGCGCGCCAACCAUCAGCUUCUUCCUGGAGCAUUUCACCCACGCGCGUGUGGAGGCGGGGCAGGCUGAGGUCUCAGAAGCCCUGGAGGCGCAAGCCCUGGCGCGCGGGGUGGCUGAGCUGAGCCUGGCCGACUACGCCUUCACCAGCUACACUCCCUCGCUGCUGGCCAUCUGCUGCCUGGCGCUGGCUGACCGUAUGCUCCAGCUCCCGCGCCCCGUGGACCUGCGCCUAGGCGGGCACCCAGAGGCCGCACUGCAGGACUGCCUGGGCAAGCUGCAGCUUCUGGUGGCCAUAAACGAAGCCUCCCUGACUCACAUGCUGCCCUUCCAGAUACGAGAGAAGUGCAGCCUGUCCCCGAAGUUGAAAUGAAACAGACCUUUGGUUUCCUGUGUACCCUGCCCCGGCUGCUGGACCUUUCCCAUUACUGUGAAAGAGUGCAGUCUUGAUUCAUGGCUCCCACUUGGCCAGGAGGUCAUCCUGAAGGUUGUAAAUAGUGUAUGAUAGUAGUGUCUCCCCCUUUAUUUAUUUUGCUACGAGCACAUGAGGGACCCGAGUCUUUCCCCAAUAAACAGGCUGUCUUCGUUCAUCUGAA